AUGCUUGCGCAUCCUUCUGUACGUAACGAUCCCAUCACACCGUGGCCGCGUCCCAUCAACCACCUCCUCCUCCUCCACAACAACACCUCCGCCAACCUCGACAACUCCAUCCAGAUACAAGACAACCAACUCCCUCCCGACCUGCUUCACGACAUCCACCAGCAGCAGGCUCUGUUUCAGCAUCAGCAGCAGCUUCUGGAGUCGCCGUUCCAGUCGCCCGACCGUCUUGACCACUUGUCCUCUCCGCCGUCAUCCGCCUCGGCCUCUCCCAUCUUCUCUUCACCAGCCUUCUCGUCGCGAUCGCCCGCCACGGCGAUCUCGAGCGACUUUCCGACCGUCCUUGACGGCGGUCUGUUUGAAACCCCAUCGUCCAUGAGCGCUACGUCGUCAUUCAACCCGUCCAUCCACAUUCAGCCUUCGACCUCGUCGCCUUUUUCUACACCACAGUUUGCAACCGGUUCGCCGAUGUUGGCGCAGCACGGAAUCGCAUCGAAUAAUCACGGCUGGGACGGCGACGCCAACAUCCAGCUGCUUAGUCCGGCCAGGGCGCAGGGCGGUCUUGCACAGCGAUCAGGCCUGCAGGGUGGUGCGCAUAAGAGGGCAUCAUCCGGCUCCUCCGGCACGACGGAUUCCACUUCGCCACAGGCUGCUGCUGCAUUCAACCACAACCAGAACUCGUCGUCCUUCUCGCCAUCCACGACGAAUCUGAACGGGUUUACUGACAGCUAUCAAAAUUCCAACAAGGCGCUGCCCACUCCAGUCCAGACGCCCGUGCAGAACUCCUUCCUGGCAGCACCCUUUCAGAACUACGACCCGUCCUCCCAGAAUGGUGACAAUGCCGAAGCCGAGAGAGCGAUGAGACAGGCAGUCAUGGAACAACAGCAGCAACAGCAGCAACAGCAACAGCAACAGCAACAACAGAAUUCCCAACAACAGUCUCAACAGCUUCCGCAGCAGGCAGCAGCGGAUGACGAGGCGUUCCACUACUCCAUGGCGCCGUCAGCCUCCAGUCUGAGUCACCACAACUCCCCGGUGACCCCGCAGACGACAUACGACGACUUCGACGAUGGAUCCAAAGCAGUUGUCCGUGGUGAGGACCGAUCUCCUGACUUUGACCGGUGGAUGGAUGAAUACUUACAGCUCGAUACACGUUCAGACUUCAACAACGGCCAAGGCGCAGCGACGGCUGCCAACCGGGGCCACCUGUCGGCACGGUCGCAGUCGCCUGCCAACAACCGGGAGCGGUCGCCUUUCCGUCAAGGCUCCCCCCUGGCACCUGAUUUCCGUGCCGCGCGCCUCCAGCAGUCGGGUCUCGCGUCCACCAUGCAGUUGCCUCAUACCAACGGCAUGGACCUGGGCAACCAACCGGACAACCAGGGAGAACCCAAAACCAUCUCUCCCAAAGAUGCACUGUUGGAGUACCACGAGGGCCCAGAAGACACUGCUAUGCCAUCGCUUUUCCCUACGAGCCAGGCAGGGCCCGACUACCCUGUCGGCGGCAAUGGCGGCGGCGGCGACAACUUCGACUUACGUCGGCAGAAUGCAUCUUCAUUUCAGCCUACGCAGAACUACUCGCAAAUAGAGUCCUUCCCCAGUCAAUAUACGCAUCAGGCCGCCGGUUUGCAGCAGCCAUUCAACUUCAUGCAGCAGCCUCAGAAUCUUCAACAGCAACAGAACAACCUGAUGCAGCAAACGCCUAAUUUCUCGGCGUCACUGACCACCACCACCGAGGCGACUCCCUCUACUGCUGCACCGGUGCAGCAAACCCAGGCCGAAGCGGCCAGGCGACCUGAUGACACCUCGUCAGACUCUGGCACCUACACCUGCACCUAUCACGGUUGCACGCUACGCUUUGAAACGCCCGCCAAGCUCCAAAAACACAAACGGGAGGCACACCGUCGAGACGACCAUGGCAGGUCUGGCUGGCCGUGA